AUGGCUGCUGCACCAACGAUUGAGCCUCGCGGGCUCGGUUUGGCUCAGCUCAUCACCUCUAUCACGUUCGGCAUCCUCACUACCGUUGUUGUCUUUCUGAGAACGUUUAUCCGCUUGAAGAAUGGUGUUUUUGGAGCUGAUGAUCUGUUGAUGGCCAUUGGAUAUGUUCUAUUUGCCAUCCUCGUUGGUGUAAGCGCUCGGUCUACAUACUACGGAGUAGGCCAGCGAGAUGCCGUUCUACCGGAAGGUAUUUACCCUCAUGUUGUACCAUGGCAUCGUGUGGUUGCGUGGAUAACACUUGCUAUGGCUGUCAUUUGCGCCAUGAUUAUCUUUAUCAGCUUUUUUGUGCUUUGCAGGCCACUGUCAGCAACUUGGAAUGGCAACGGUAAAUGCUCACCUCCUUCGGCCUUGGGUAGCCUGGCUUGUUUUAUCUCGGCUUCCUCAAUGUUGACCGACAUCGUCUGUGCGGCACUACCUGCAUUGAUGCUAUACAAAGCGCAGAUGAAAUUAGCCACAAAGGUCUCUAUCAGUCUGGUGCUUGGGCUUGGUGCUCUUGCAUCGGUUGCUACAAUUAUCCGAAUGCCAUUUGUUAUGUUUUACUUCCACCCUAAUCCGGACUAUCUUUAUCGGCAUUGCCAUGUUUCUCUAUGGAGCAUCGUCGAAGGAGGAAUUGGUGUUAUAGCUGGUUCUCUCCCUGCUUUAAGAAAGUUUGUCAAACGCUGGGUUACCUUUGACAGCUCGGCUCGCCAAUAUUCUCCACCUAAGCAAUACGGGGGAUCGCAUGGGUUAGGUAUUACGAGUCAUAUCGGAACCGCAAGCCGCGUAAAAGGGUACAACAUAUCACGAGAUGUGGAGAAUGACGCGAAGGACCACUGGGAAGGCCUCGAUGACGGCUCAUCGAGGAGAGGGAUCAUCGUUACCGUGGAUGUGGAGAUGCAUACAUUGGAGAACAAUUCAGAGUCGAUAGGAUCUCGUGUUUCAGAUGAGACAUAUACAAGACCAGCUUAG